UUCACAACAAAAGAAAUGGCUUCGCUUUCCAACUCUAAUUCCAACUACAACUCCGACUCCAAGGGACUGUUGCAGAGUCGAGAAUUGCAUGAGUAUGUACUGGAGACUGCUGUGUACCCACGGGAGCCAGAGCUUCUCAAAGAGAUCAGAGUUAUCACUACAAAUCAUCCAGAGUGUAUAAUGACAACUGCACCAGAAGCAGGCCAACUGAUGGCGUUGCUCUUGAAACUGACAAACGCUAAAAAGACAAUUGAAAUUGGAGUGUUCACUGGAUACUCUUUGCUCCUCACAGCCCUUACAAUUCCUGAAGAUGGCAAGAUUACGGCUAUAGAUCUGAAUCGGGAUACAUACGAGAUGGGAUUGCCAGUUAUCAAAAAGGCUGGAGUUGAGCACAAAAUCAACUUCAUUCAGUCGCCAGCAUUAUUAGCCCUUGAUGUACUCUUGAAAGAUCAUGACAAUAAAGGAAGUUUCGAUUUUGCUUUCGUUGAUGCGGACAAAGUUAGCUAUCAAAAGUACCAUGAGAGACUGUUGGAGUUGGUGAAGGUGGGUGGUAUAAUAGUGUAUGAUAAUACACUCUGGUUUGGAACAGUUGCUAUGCCAGAGGAGUCUGUAAGGGAAGGACUGAAACCAAACAGGCAUCACAUCAUUGAAUUUAAUAAAUUUGUAGCUGCUGAUACUCGCAUUCAAAUUUCUCAAGUCCCUUUAGGUGAUGGAAUCACCGUUUGCAGGCGACUCAUGUGAAGACUCUUCGCUUGGAACGAUGAAACAAAACAAAUAAAUUAUGUUUGUAGACCCCCAGAGGUUCUCGUUUCUUAUUUGGUUUUUCUAGGAAUAACAUUUGUGUAUCUAGCCGUGUCUA